GGUGGAUGAACAUGUAAUGGAGUUGCAGCAUCAGUCGCUGACCAAGGAAUUACUGGGGAAGUUGGUGGUAGAGGGAGGCUAUUGACAUGUCACAGCAAGAUGCUCAAAAAUGUAGAGCACAUGGAGAAGAUCGCCAUGCUGGCUUUCCAUCCAGUUAAGAUGCACAGCUGCUAUGAGAAGGAGGUGAACCUGAGCCUUGAGGGUCUGCAGCAACAGUUUGACAUGUUUGAGCAGAUCCUUCAUCAGAGUCUCGAGUCUCAGGGUACAGAGGAGCUGUGUAAGAUCAUCCAGCACUGCCAGGACAGAGUCAUUAAGGUAAUACACAAAGAAAACAGGCUUGUGCAUCAAAUUCUUGCAUAACAUCUACAUUAAUAUCUAAUAAUAUUACAUCUGGCAUACUCCAGCCCUGGGAGUGAAACUUUUGGUCUGGCCUUGUUUUAGUGUUAAUGAAAAUUCAGGUUCACCUUUAUCAAUUUAUUAAUUUUUUAACAAAGAGUCCAGGAUACCGGGCAAUAUCCCAGCUUAAUCCCUU